UGUUCUAUUUGCCUAAAACUCCUUUGAAAUGAGCGACAACGAAAAAGAGGAAGCUGCUAAUUUGAAAGAGGAGUUUGAAUGGGUAUUACGUGAAGAGGUUCACGCUAUUUUACACCAGUUGCAUUCUGUGUUGGUCGAGUGUGCUCACAGAUUUCCCGUGCCUUUAUAUGGCAAUGAAGGGCAAAAACAAGACAAAUUUAUCCUGACGUCGCAGCCUGAACAGCUGAAGUGCAUAGUUACACUUACAGGCGAUAGUAUUACACAUGCUGACAUAAGUUUCAAAGUGUUAAGGCAAAUGCAUACUAUUUGCCGUACCUCUAUCAAUCAAGAUGGCCCAUGGAAGCUUCAGCAGAUCCAAGAUGCAGCGAACCACCUGCAGCAGGCUAUUGGUUACAUUGACAAUGUGGAUAAACAUUAUGUAUUCAGAUCAUCAGAGGAGGUUUUGCACAUAAUUCAGUGCCUGAUUGGAUCAUUGCAACGAGCUCGAACUGCUUUAGUAUUGCCUAAAAAAAAAGCAAUAGAUGAACUUAUGAAAAGUAGGAAUAUGAAAGCACUGUCACCAAAUCUGCCUGAAGAUUUAGCAAUAUCAUUCUACAUCCAGUCCCACAAGUUGAUAUUCGUGGCAUACCAGCUAAGUUCAGUCCAUGGCAUGAUGAGGAUCGACUCGUGCCAGGCUGAUUGUGCUGUACCUUGGUUGAGUGAUGUGUUGUUUAUGUUGUCAGCCGCCCUGCAUAUGUGCCAGCAACUAAAAGACAAGCUCUGCGUGUUCUCUCAAUACAAAGACUUCACAGUGGGAUCAAGAUCUGCCUCGAUGGUAUUAAAUUAACCUGUUAUCUACGUAUUUAACAUAACGAAAUAUGUACCUUGUACGUAUGCGUAUUUAUAUUAUUUGUAAUUAUCGAGUCCAUUGUUGAUAUUCUUGUUGAGUAUGUUGUAAUGUAAUAUAUUAACUUAUUUAGGUAAAUAUUAAGGGGAUGUUGGUAUAAGAGUUGAGAUAAAAACGUAAAAUAUACUUCAAGUUUACUUUUCGUCUUUUGAUACCACUGUCCAAAGCAAGCUAUGUAAAUUUUAUGGCGGCUUAAAUAAAUAUAUACAUAAGAAACUGAUACCUGAGUUUGUCACUAAUGAACAGAGGUUGGAAUAGGCAGAAGAUUUUUAGUUCAAAAUUAACUUACAAGUAGGUAACAUACAUAGAGUUCGUAAUACGUCCCUCUCACAUCUCAGAAUUAUUGUAUUUUGUUUUUAUAGGCAAUUACUUACUACGAUAAUGUAAUCGUUUUGUAAUUGUAAGUAAAAAUAUAACUAUUUGGUUUUUAUUUAUGCAUUUUCUUUUAAAUUGACUGUGGUCGAGUGGUUUGCAUAUCGGU